UGUCUGGGGCUCCGGUGGUGGCGGCGGUAGUUCCAGCGGCUGGAUCUAGGGAUAGUGGCGACGGCGGCGGAUCAAUACUGCUGUCGGGGUCAGUGCGGGGACCUCGGGCUGGGGUGAAGCAGAUCGGGCGCCGCGUCCUAGCGGAGGGAGCGACAACUACGCAGCGUCGGGAGCAGCGCCGAGAUCAUGGCCGGAGGCAAAGCUGGAAAAGACAGUGGGAAGGCCAAGGCUAAGGCAGUGUCUCGCUCACAAAGAGCUGGACUACAGUUCCCAGUGGGCCGUAUCCAUAGACACUUGAAGACUCGUACCACAAGCCAUGGACGAGUGGGUGCUACUGCUGCGGUAUAUAGUGCUGCAAUUCUGGAGUAUCUCACUGCUGAGGUGCUGGAACUGGCAGGAAAUGCAUCUAAGGAUCUCAAAGUAAAGCGUAUCACUCCGCGUCACUUACAGCUUGCAAUCCGUGGUGAUGAAGAGUUGGACUCCCUUAUCAAGGCUACCAUUGCUGGUGGUGGUGUGAUUCCUCACAUCCACAAGUCUCUGAUUGGAAAGAAGGGACAACAGAAAACUGCAUAGUGUUGUUUUAACCAACCCUCUUCCUCCCUGUCAUUGUACUGUAACUGGGACAGAAGAAAUAAUGGGGAUAUGUGGAAUUUUUUUAAAUAGUUAAAUGGAAAAGCAUAGACAAUUGACUGUAGACAUGAUAAAACAUUUGUAUGUUCUUUAGAUUCCAAGUUUGACAAAGUAUCUUGUCAUGUGGCAGCAAUUUGUGUGUUGAUUGGCUAGGUUUCUCCCAUGUGUUUUAUACAAAAAUGGACUGAUAAAACCAUUUUUUACAAAA